AUUUCAUUUCCACAGAUGAAUCACGUGAAGGAGCGUUUUGGAGAAGACACCAACAAAGAGGUUCUGCUCAUGUGCAUCGGCAUCACAUCAGGCGUGGGUCGACUCAUCUUUGGCAGAGUAGCAGACUACAUUACCGGAGUCAACAAAGUCUACUUGCAGGUGACUUCCUUCUUCAUCAUUGGCCUCAUGUCCAUGAUGAUUCCUCUGUGCUACAUCUUCGGCGGACUGAUCGCUGUGUGCCUGCUGAUGGGGCUGUUCGACGGCUGCUUCAUCUGCAUCAUGGCUCCCAUCGCCUUCGAGCUGGUCGGGGCCAACGACGUGUCCCAGGCCAUCGGCUUCUUGCUGGGCCUGAUGUCCGUGCCCAUGGUUGUGGGACCCCCGAUUGCAGGUUACCUGAGGGACACGCUGGGCAGCUACGACGUGGCCUUCUACCUGGCUGGUGUUCCACCGAUCAUCGGAGGGGCUCUGCUGUGUCUGAUUCCCUGGGUGGAGGCCAAACGCAAGAGGAUGGAAAACAAGGAGACCCUGAGGACGGAGCAGGACGUCACCCAGAAGAUGAUAGAGAGUGAGAAGGCUGUGGUAGAAUCACACAACAAAACUGGAGAGUCUGUCCUCUAAGUUCCCUGAGCAGACUGAGAAAGAGACACAUGGAGUCAGACUGAGACUGCUGCUGACCGGCAGUAUUAAGAUACUGUGUUAGUGUGUGUCUGUUAAGAUUGUAACAGCUGCCUUCAAUAGGAGAAAAUGCCAAAGUGAUGAAACAUAUCAGAGUCAUAAGUUGAAGUACAGUUGAACAUGAAUGUGAUCCUGAAGAUCUAUGCAUCAGACUGAACUAAUCUUACAGCCGGCAAACUUGAGAUUCAAAAUGAAAAUGAAGAAAACCGCACAUUUCAUUUUUGUCACAAGGGGAACAAGGCAUGCUGUUCUUACUAUGAAUGCAGCGUAAAAGCUGCAGAUUCAGUCCUUAGCCAGCGUCUCAACCAAAAACCACACUAUCAGCCGGCAUACUUGGUGGCUGAGUGGGCUAUCAUUAUCCUUUACAAUCAGUUUUCAACACUACCACAUAGUUUUAGAUGUACAAAUCUGGUAUUUAAAGAACAUAUAUUGGCUUAUACAAGAAAGACCAGUCAUGUGUAGGAGCCAACUGGUCUGCUAAAGAUUAUUCCUAAACCCUCCAUCUUUAUUUUCUCCAUUGUGUACUCAUAUAGGACUCUACUGUCAGUCUUAACACAUGCCAGAGUUGUAAAUAUGGGACUGAUCUAUUCAUAGUGUUUUAAAGGGACAUACAGCAACUAUCACUUCAGAGAAGUGUCCUGACAAAUUUGGGUUUUUUAUCGUGACACUCUGGGAUCUGUGAAUGGUGCUCGGACAGUUUAAGGGACGCAGCUCUCGGAAGUGCAGUGAAUUGCAAACCGUCAGCUCAAGACGAGCAGCUCCGUCAUCGAGGCUGGAUGCAGGAAAUCUUUAACAUGAUGGACUCCAUGUUUGCCACACUUCUGUACGCACCGUAAGGACUCAAUAUAAACUGAACUAAUAGUAACCUAAAGGGGGACACCAGUGUUAUUAUCCACUCUGAGUCCUCAUCGUGUCCCUGCGUUAGACUUUGAUUAUUUCAGUCUACGCUCCAUGGCGUGUAUUUUUAACAUUACAACUAUUGAAGUACUCUAAACUUGUUCUUACAGUCGAGGAGGGGCCCCGUAAUGAGUUGAUCUGAUACUGUGACUGAUUCACGCGAAGAGGCUGCUUUCAAUCAAACUCUGGUAAACCUCCUCACUGGUUCACAUUCAUAUCCUCUUAGAGAAGUCAGUACACUCUUUGGAAAAUACACCAGAUUGUUAACUCUCAUAUCUGUCUUGUAAACAUAUGGAAACUGAACAGCUUUGUUUAGGCCUCGUCCACACUAAUAUGAAUAUUUUGCUAAAUUAAUUAAGCAUCUUAGACACUAGACUCCCUCAAAAGUACAGAUUUUUAAAAAGUCAUUCUCUUUUUUGCAGCAACAACAGGCAAAUAACUAGAAAAUGACACAAGGUUCUUGUCAGAUAUUUGACAUAUAGUUGAUGUAAUCAUCUCAGCCAUUUUUUGCUUCUGUCACAUUUUUGCUAACUGGGUUAAUCAUUUUUCACUGCAGUAUAAAGUCCUGCACCUCUAUGGAAACAGCACAACCAUGGCUAGAAGUAGAGGAAGCUUAAAGAACAAUAGGUUCUCUUGCUUUAGCUAUAGGGUUACAUUGUGCUUGUUUUGUUUCGUGACAGUUUUUCAGUUGUGUUUUUGCGUUUUCAUGUGGAUGGAGAUUUUUUUGAGAACAAAAUAGGAAAAACAAAAUUUUUGAAAAAGCUCAUGUUCAUGUAGACUAGUCCUAAAAACUGACGGGGGCAGAAAAAUAUCCAUAUUAGUGUUGACCAGGCCUUAGAACCAACAGUGGAACAGGAGGAAGCUGCUUGCUGCCUGUCUGAAGUUAACAAAAGAGGACUUGCAGAACCACUAAACUCAGUGUUAUCACACUGAAUCUCUGCUGUUUAAAAUGCCAUAUUAUUCUUUUCAAAGUGUCACUUCACCAGCACAAGUACCCCAAGCUUCUACUGAUUCAGAAGGAACACAUUAAGACUGCUUCUUUUGACAUGGAGCCGUGUUUUUUUUUAGAACAGUGGCGAGAGUUGAUUUUAAAUGUAUUUUUUCUGAUUCUGAAGACGUCUACAUUUACCUUCUCCCAGCUUUAGUGGAAGAAUCUUUUAAGCCUUUUAGUAUUCACAACAAGUGACGAGGUCCGGGUCAUAUAGCAGCUGUCGCCAUGGCAACAACCUGCUGGGAUGGAUGGCCUCCUAAAUGGACCAAAGACACACAGUAUACCGGUGCAUGUGUUUAUCCCUCACCAUUGUAUUAAGUGCGAACACAGUAGCUUAUCAUUUCAGAGCCUCCUACAUUUGAAACUGUGGGCGUGAGUUUGACUAAUGAUUCACCAUCAGGCCAGAUAAGUCCGGUCGAUCAUUAAUUCGGCGCCCAGUUCGUUGCCCUUCAGUAAAAAGGAUGUUUUAUGUUUUCAUAUUGUAUUUAUUUCGUAGUUCUUUUGGAGAAUGUCAUGCUGUAAUUUGCCUGAAGCCUUAAUUUCAUUUCCUAAAGACCAAAAUGUACAGAAGUGAAACCGGCGGAAGUUGCGUUAAUCCAUCUGAACGUGUUGCCGCACCAAGGGUUCUUUUGGGAAAACUCAGACCUUUUGGGAAACAGCUGUAGCGUCACAGAGCUGCUGUGGUUCGCUGGUUUUACCCCCUGCAGACCUGCAACACUCUACCUCAGAUGAUAGUCCAAGUCUGACCCCUGUCGGACGUCCUGCCUCUUCCGUCCCUUCAUCAGAGGCAGGGCAGCAGCGUGACUGGAGAUGAAAAGAAACUGCAGCUUAGUCUUGAAAGUUUUAGCCUCCAAAGUUUGCUCUUUAAAGAAAGCGCUUGAACCAGAAGUGCCUUUUAAAAAAAAAAAAAAAAAAGCAUGACAUGAGUGAAAUUAUACACUGCCAGUCAAAAGUUUGGACACACUUUCUCAUUGUUUUGAAUGAGAAAGUGUGUCCAAACUUUUGACUGGUGGUGUACAUCGUUUACAUCUUUUCUUGAUUGUUUUCCUUGCCUUUCACCAGCGAGAGCCUCAAUUGAUAAUCUGAAUUUUGACUGUAAACCUGUAUUUUUAUGCUAAUUCAUUACUUCUACUUGCUCAUUUAAUUUAGCUUUUGCUUUACACCUGCUUCUUUCAGUGAUCUGCACCAUCCAAAGAGACAUUUUACCUAAAAAAAAAAAUGCCUGAUUUAUUUUUAUUUUGCAAUAGCUUUACAUCCAUUUCUUUGGCACAGCCUGCUUUGAGUUUACGCACAAAGUGUUUUCUUUCUUAAUAGUGUCCGCAAACGCUUUAAUAUCUGCAUCAAUGUUAUAACUUUUUAUUAUUUGCUGUUAUUGUUUCAGCAUCUGAUCCAACCACUGACUUCAUUUAGUAAAUCUGUGUGUAUGGAUGCAUUUGGUGCGUCUUUGCUACUUUCAUCCUAUUUUUUUUGCAUAUAUUUGUCUUAAUUUCUGUUCGCUAAAGGCUCAGUUUUGAUGUAUAGCAUUUGCUUCAAGUUGCAUGUGACUGAUAAUUCAUGUAUUUCUUGAGUAACCCAAAAAGUGUUCUACUUAAAUAUUAGUUUUGCUGUAUUUCCUCUCUGCUGCACCAUGUGUGGCAAACUACAAUAUAUGCAAUGUAUGUAAACACAAUCUGACUUCAGCAUUUUCAAAACAAAACAACAAAAAACAAAAGAAGAUGUUGAAAAGUU